AUUUGUCGGCGAUCGCACAAAGACACCACAAUCACUGGCCGGGCUGCUGGGACGGCGACGAGCAGCGGGGGAGAGACAGGUCCUUGUGGUCUGUGCGUAUGGAGGACCCAUGGAGCCAGGGCCAGCCAGAACAAGACACAUUGCAAGCUCAAUUCCUGCGUGGCUGCCUCUCAAAUGACUUCCCCCUCGUAUCGCGACUGCUCUCUGACCCAGGAACGCUAUCGCGCAUUAGAAUAGAUGCUCCAGAUGAAGCUGGAUCCCCUGCGAUCUUGACGGCCAGCUGCUUUGGCUAUGCAGAGAUGGUGGAGCUCCUACUUGAUGCUGGUGCGAAUGUAGAUGCACACGACGCGCGCGGAUGGAGCGCCUUGAUGUGGGCUUCCAACAACAACCAUGGUCAUAUUGCAAAGCUAUUGAUGGAACAUGGUGCAAAGCGCGAUGCAGUGAGCAAAUCUGGUUACACCGCGAGCGACUUUGCCUCAACAACAACGCUUAAAGAGUCUCUGUCGCCAGAGGGCAGCUUGGCUGAUGAGAUUGGUACAACGGGUACUACUGGUAGCGACUGGUAUGGUGCCCAUUCGGCGCUGGAUUUCGAAGAGUCGCUUCGUGAAGAAGAGCAAUCACGGCGGAUGGCACUUGAAGCUGGCAUCAAUCUUGAAGUCGAUAUGGGUGCUCUAUCCCUGGGCAACGAGGGCAUGCCCGAGGACGACGAUCUGGAAGAGGAAGACAGUGAAAAUGCUUUCGUUUGGGACCAUUGCCUGCCAUCCCAGAUGUUUGUCUUUUCAGAGGCGUCGCUGCCAGACAUGCUCAAGCUCGCCAUUACCGAUUAUCCUCCAUUGCGAGCAUCUUCGCAGCGUCUCGUCCCAGCCAAUCUGUUGUUCUUGGCAGCUCGGUUUGCACACUACUUUUCGACGCCACAGCUGUUGCAUACACUGCUACAUGACGCACUAGAGACAAUUGAGGAGGUCGUUAAUCAGAAGCAAGAAGAUAUGACGGUCCUUGCCUUUUGGAUCAGUAAUUGUCUGCUACUACAGUACUACCUUCGCAAGGAGCCACAGUUGGUGCUGACCACGUCUGAAUCCCAGCUGCGCAUCAGCGAAUUGAUCAAUGAGAUUUAUGUGCUCGUUGUUCGCGAUGCAGAGAGACGUAUUGAAAAGGUAUUGACGGCGAGUAUGCUAGAUUAUUGUGCCAUUGACCUCAGCGAGCUUGAAAUGAGCGACGAGUGGCGUCUGUUCAAGCGGAAGCAGCCUUCAGGGGACGGGUCGCUCAGUCCACGGCGGCGGCGAGGAGCGUCACCGCGCAACAUCACUGGGCUGCUAUCAUCGACGUUGUAUGUUCUCGAGGCAUACGCAAUUCAUCCAAGCAUUACUGUUCAGGCACUGAGUCAGAUUCUCUUUUGGCUCGCCAGUGAGCUUUUUAAUCGCAUUCUUCAAAACAAAAAGUACUUGUCCCGGGGUAAGGCAAUGGACCUGCGUAUGAAUGUCUCUCAAAUUGAGGAAUGGAUCAGGAACAACAAUCGUGCCUGGCAAGACCAGCCAGACUUGGCAACGCGUUGUUCCAGCAAAAAAGGCGGCCUUAGGCGGCUUGUGGGUCUCUUGCAACUCCUCCAAUGUCUGUCGAGUCUUGGCGAGUCGGAGGUGAAGCAAGUGGUCGACAGCAUUGAAGGCAUCACCGCACGGCAGGCUUUGUUUGUCGCUGAAGGUUAUCGUUCAGAACGCGCCGAGACCAAGAUUGCGCGAGCCAUCAAAGUACAACUCGUUGCACUCGAGCGCGAACAGUCUGCGACUAUAGCGCAGGGCACGGAGGGCAUCUUUUUGGACGCGACAGAACAAUUGAGCUUCAAGCUACCGACGUCCACAGACCUGAUCCUGUCGUACGGCAGCGGUAUCGGCGGUACCCAGCGAGACAAUGAAAAGCUAUUCACACCCACUUUGCCCCUGGAACUCAUUGAAAAGCUGGAUGCGCUGGCGGAAGGCGGAGACGGGCAGCUUAAAUCGACUGAACGUGCAAAAGGUUACGCUGGUAUGACGAGUGAGGGUCCCGCAGAGGUGACCGAUGAGGCAGAUGCCCCUGAACACGAUGGGAAAAAGACUGCAGACGAACAAGAACGGAUAGCAAACGCUGUCGGCGAGCAUUCGGGCGUUUGGUAAUGAUAGGCCCAAGGCAUUCCUAGGAUAAUUUG